AUGGAACAGGCCCCUGGUUUUGCUGAUCCCAACUUCCCCACUCAUGUUUGCAAGCUAAACAAGGCCAUCUAUGGCCUACGACAAGCUCCCCGAGCCUGGUUUCAUGAAUUUAGCUCAUUUCUUCUUCAAUCUGGUUUUGUACAAAGCUCGGCUGACAGUUCUAUGUUUGUUCACCAUUCUGAUCUUGGCAUCCUUGUUCUUCUACUUUACGUGGAUGAUAUCAUCCUCAUAGGUGAUAACUCUUCUCAUCCUCAUAAGUUCAUUCAACAACUUAGCACUGCCUUUGCUAUGAGUGACCUUGGGGACUUGCACUAUUUCUUAGGUAUUGAAGCCACCAAGAAUCAUACUGGACUUCUUCUUACCCAAAAGAAAUACAGCCUUGACUUGCUUCACAGGAUUGGAAUGACUGGCUGCAAGCCAUGUACCACACCCGUGACUGUUGGCUCCAAAUUAUCUUUCUCUGCAGGAGAAUCUCUGCCAGAUCCCCAUAAGUAUAGGCAAAUUGUUGGUGCAUUGCAAUACUUAACCAUCACCCGUCCGGACCUCUGUUAUGCAGUAAAUCAGGUGUGCCAAUUCAUGCACUCACCUACUACAGAACAUCUCCUUGCUGUUAAGAGGAUUUUAAGGUAUCUCAAACACACACUUGGAGCUGGUAUUGUCAUCAGGCCAGGCCCUAUUACUCAUCUUCAAGCAUACACGGAUGCUGAUUGGGCUGGCUACCCAGAUACACGGUGGUCUACCACUAGUUUUUGUGUUUUUCUUGGCAACACAUUGGUGUCUUGGUGCUCCAAAAAGCAACCUAUAGUCUCUAGAAGCAGCUCCGAAGCAGAGUACAAGGCUCUUGCCAUCACUACAUCUGAAAUGCUAUGGCUUUCCUAUCUACUAUCCGACCUCAAAGUCUCACUCAAACACCCUCUUCUCCUUCACUGUGAUAACAUUUCCGCAACCCACAUGGCAGCAAAUCCUGUUCUACAUGCAAGAACCAAACACAUAGAGAUGGACUAUCACUUUGUCCGGGAUUUGGUUCUCAACAACACUUUGAAGGUGCAAUUUGUGCACUCUCCCUCUCAAAUUGCUGAUAUAUUCACCAAAGGGUCAUCCUCUGCUGUCUUCAAUUUUCACCGAUCCAAACUUCUUUGGCUACCACCCAUCAGUUUGCAGGGGGAUGAUAAGCACAGUCAUGCCACAUCACAGCCAAGUCAGCACAAUAUCAGUCAUACAAGGAUGAACCAUUCAACCUAA